CGCUAAAAAAUCGGAGCGAGACGAAGCUGUGCGUGUCGUUAAUUUGUGCCAUUAACUUUAACGCUAACUGACAUUCCUGCUGCGAUGUGGACACAAGGAGGUGGUGGUUUUGGAGAUGGAGGAUUUGGUAACCAGGGAGGCGGUUACCUGAACUCCCCUGGACCCAACCAAGGCGGCUUCGAUUCCCCCGCAGCAUCCUCGCAGGACAGAAAGACCUCGAGGAGAGCCCAGAACCUGUUGCCAUGCACCAUCUCACACCUUCUACAAGCUCAGCAGAUGGAGGAUUCCUUCAGACUGGGGGACACUGAUAUCAAUCAGGUGACCGUUGUUGGGGUUGUCCGUAAUGCCCAAAGGGCUCCCACCAACAUCCUGUACAAGAUUGACGACAUGACGGGGCCUCCUAUGGACGUCAGACAGUGGUUGGACAACGAUGAUAACAUUGCAGAAGAGGAGCAGGACCAACUCUUCCCGGUCAACAGUUACAUCCGAGCCACAGGUCACCUGAGGGCCUUCCAGGGCAAGAAGAGCCUGGUGGCCUUCAAGAUCGCGCCCGUCACCGACUUUAACGAACUCACCAUGCACAUCCUGGAGGUCGUGCAGGCACACAUGAUGUUAGAAAAGGGAUCGCAGUCCACUGGCGGGAUGUCCGCUGGGAUGGGAGGGGGAGGACAGAGACCAAACAUGGGUGGUGGGAGACCCAUGGGUCAGCAGGGUGGAGUCAACGACCUGGGCCUCAACAAUGUGCAGAACCAGGUUCUGACAAUGAUCCAGAGCAGCCAGGAUGAGUCGGGAGUCAACGUGGCCGUGAUUGAACAGCGCCUGCGGGGCAUCUCCAGGGAUGCAGUCAGGAACGCCGUUGAGUUCCUGAGUAACGAGGGUCACAUAUACUCCACCAUCGAUGAGAACCACUACAAGUCAACAGACAGCUACUAAUCUUCAAACCUGGAUAGAUUAACCAGGAGGACUUAAACGAAGGGCUCCAUAUUUUAUACACAUAGUAAACU